GAUGAUUGGACCACGGAAACGCGGGCAGCAGCUCACCUGGUUUAACACACGCAGCUUAAAACCGCGAUCACCCUGAAGCCACAGUUCAUCUCUACAGCCUGCUCCGUCAGAUUUUCCCCCAGAGUCACAGAGGACUGUUUGUUUUUUGUCUUUAUGGAGAUUUGAUACGUUUCUCCUCUUUGGGAAAACUCUUCAGUCAGAAUUUUGGUCUCAGAAUGAGUUGGGAGACUUUCUAUAAAGUUUUGCUGGGUGUCAACAAACACUCCACCAGUUUGGGGAAGAUCUGGUUGUCUGUUCUCUUCAUCUUCCGCAUUACCAUCCUGGUUCUGGCUGCUGAGAGCGUUUGGGGGGACGAGCAGUCGGACUUCACCUGCAACACCGAGCAGCCUGGAUGCAAUAAUGUCUGCUAUGACCACUUCUUUCCUGUGUCGCACAUCCGCCUGUGGUCCCUGCAGCUCCUCUUUGCUUCCACACCAGCCUUGCUGGUAACCAUGCAUGUCUUCUAUGAAACAAAGAAAAACAAGACGUCCUCAGAUGUAAAAGAAACAUCCAACACAGACUCUAAGAAGCCUUCAUCCAUCACAGGUCCUCUGUGGUGGACCUACACCUGCAGCCUGAUCAUCAGGCUCCUUUUAGAAUCUGGUUUCUUGUAUAUUUUGUACCUAAUCUACGAUGGCUUCAAAUUGCCCCGGCUCGUGAAGUGUGAACAGUGGCCUUGUCCUAACAUAGUAGACUGUUUCAUCUCCAGACCGACAGAAAAGACUGUCUUCACCAUCUUCAUGGUGGCCUCAUCUGUCAUCUGCAUGGUGCUGAACGUGGCUGAACUUUGCUAUCUCAUCUACAAGGAGUUCAUUAAGUCUAAAGUGAGUUCAAACAAGGGAUCGUCCCAACCCUGACAAGAGAACGAAAGACUGCUGUUAUAAUUAUCCAAAAAGGUAGAGCUGAUAGUAUCAACAGUUGGAUCAGAGUAUGGUUUUAGUUUGAGCAGCAGACAGAAGUGUUAAUACAUGGCGCCUCUUCAAUCUGAUUGGUCUAAAAGUUUUCCAGUACUCUAGUCAGAUCCAUUGAGAUCAGUUAGAGGAGCAGGUUCUUCCCUGCUGCAAGGUACACUAAGAAUUGAACCAGCAACUUUCCUGCUAUCUCAGUGUGCUCACAGAGACAGAGAAGUCUAUACUGACAUCUAGUGGUGAGACUGAAACACCCACAGUAGGAAGAUUCUUCCUCAGCCAGUUUCUUUGAUGAAAUUCAAAAAUGUAUACUUUUUUUUCUCUGUUUGAUUUAAUGAAAAACAUUUGAAGAUCUAACAAGUUGUAUAUAUUUUUGAAAAGUAAAGAGGAUAAAGAUCCAUCAGACCCAGGUAAUUUUAGACCAGUGAGUCUGAUCCAAGUGGACUGUAAGAUCUAAGGCUCUGUCCCUUUGACUAGAGAGGAUAUUGCCACCUUUGAUACACUCAUGAGCAGGUGGGUUUUGUUAAAGGAAGCACAUUCUCAGAUAAUAUUAGAGGAUUUUUUACCCUUAUCUGACUGAACAAGUAUAAUACAACACCUUUAGCUGCUGAUGCUCAAAAGGCAUUUGAUAAAUAAAUACCUAGUUACUAAGUUGUGCUCUGACUUAACUAAUAUGGUGUCAAUAAACACAGACUUACAGCUACAUAAACUCAAGGUAAAGUUGGAAAAAUGGAGGAUGCUAAGUCUCACUUUGUGGAGAAAAGUUACUACUAUUAAGAUUUGUGUUACUCCACAAUUUAUUUAUAUAUCCUAAUCAUUAGUAAUGUAUGUCACAGGGGUCUGCGACCUUUAACAGAGAAAGAUCCAUUUGGGUUUGUUUUCUACUGAAUAAAACUUAGUAGGAGCUGCAAAGUCUUAUUUUGAUAUUGCUUUACAAUCAUUAAUUCAAUGUAUUUUUUAAAUGAUGGAUAUGAAUUAUGCUUCUUUUGUGCCAUGAAUAAAAACUGAAAUAUAAAAAGAAAA